GAAAGUUUCACAUCUUUAGCUGAAAGAAUUCUACAAAUGAGUUCUCGCUUCAAACGUGUCUUUUUCUUGACACUUACUCGAAGAUCUGAAAUGGAUACUUCACUUUACUCUGUACACUCAACUAUUAGGCAGUUCACCACGCUCCCCACUAGAGAAGAAGUACUGAAGGCAUACGAUGUAUUAGGCGUAAGUACAAGCACCCCCUACGCCGAUAUAAAAAAAAGUAUAUUAGCUUGGCUAAACUUCACCAUCCUGACAUAG